AUGAAUUGGUCCUUUUGGAAUGUUAGAGGGUUAAAUAAAUCCUCUAAGCAACAUUUGGUUAGGCAUCAUCUUAUGCAAUAUAAGCUGACUUUUAUUGCUCUCUUGGAAACAAAGCUCAAAGCUGUCAAGAUCCCAGCUGCUGCUAAAAAAAUUGCUGGAAGAUGGAAUUGGUUCUCUAAUGCAAACAUCUCUACCAAAGCAAGAAUUCUGCUAUUAUGGGAUUCAAAUAUUCUGGAUGUGCAAAUAGAAAGCUUUACGGAUCAGCAUGUUACUUGCAAGGUUAAAUCAAUUGAUGGAAGAGUAGACUGUAUGAUUUCAUCUGUCUAUGGGCAAAAUAAUUUGAUGAAUAGGAAAGACUUACGGUCUAGCCUCAAUCAAAUCCACCUGAAUAUUGGGAAUAAACCAUGGCUAUUGUGUGGGGACUUUAAUGCCAUCACAAGUGAUGAGGAAAAACUUGGGGGAGCUGCCCUUACUGAAUCAGACACAAUGGAUUUUAGAGAUUUCAUUGAAGAAUGUCAACUAACUCAUCUUAAAACUGAAAGCUGUUAUUUUACAUGGAAUAACAAGCAAGACUCAACAUCAAGAGUGUGGAGUAGGCUGGACAGGGCCUUAAUCAAUGACUGCUGGUUGAACAUGCACAAUUCAAGUCAUAUUGAAUUCCUACUACCAAGCUUCUCUGAUCACUCCCCUGGUUUGGUAUCCAUAUAUGAUGAUUGUGUUCAGGGAAAGAAACCAUUCAAAUUCUUCAAGAUGUGGACCAAGCAUGAAAAUUUUUUGCCUACUGUAACUUCAGUCUGGAACACAAAAAUAACAGGAUUUGCCAUGUUUUCAGUUUAUUCAAAGCUCAAGCUUCUGAAAAAUGCACUAAAGGAGCUGAACAAAAGGCAUUUUAACAACAUCAGUGAACAAGUGAUAAGAUCAAAACAAGCUCUUCAAGAUGCACAAAAAAUCCUGCAAAUUGAUCCUCUUAACCAGUCCCUCAUUGAUCAAGAAAGGAAAUGCACAGUCUCUUACAAUAAAUUACUGGAUUGUGAGAUCUCCUUCUAUCAACAAAAAUCCAGAAUUUUAUGGAGCCUACAAGGUGACAGAUGCACAAGCUAUUUUCACUCUGUGAUUAAAUCAAAAAGACACCAAAAUAGAGUCAUGGUUCUCUACAACAAUGCAGGGGAAAAACUUACAGAUGGAGAGGAAAUAAUAUUUGAACUUAUCUCCUUUUACAAGAGUCUCAUGGGUUCAACAACUGACACUGUCAAGCCAGACAAAAAAUUAUUGGCAAUGGCCCUUGUCUAA